AGCAUGGAGCUCCUCAAACUCAUCAUUUUCGCAGCGCCGGCGCGCGCGCGCGGCGGACCUGACGCCGUGCGCGCGCGCGGCUUUCCAGGUCCGCCGCCGCGCGCGCUGCCGCGCGCGCUGCGCGCCCGCGGCGGCUCGGAAACAACGCUCCAGCGCGGCGGCCCCGCGUGGACGGAGGCGCAGCGCGCCGCCUUCGAGGCCGACGGCUUCGUGCUGCAGCCCGACGUGUUAUCGGAAGAAGAGUGCGCGGCGCUGCGCGCGACCUACGACGGCUUGUUCCGAGGCGAGUUCGACACGAAGAUCUACCCGGACGAGUGGCACUGGCGCGAGGGCAUCUCGCGGCCCGAGGCGUUCCGGGAGAUCGUCAACGCCUGGAAGAGCAGCGACGCCGUCGCGCGCGUCGCGCUCGACGAGACUAUCGGCCGGCGCUGCGCGGAGCUCAUGGGCUGGGGCGGCGCGCGCCUCGCGCAAGACGACGUUCUCUGGAAGCCGCCCGGCGCGGAAGGCGUCGCGCACCACCGCGACGCGCCCUACAUCUCGGCGAACUUCGUCCCGGAGGAGCGCAACUCCGUCACCGUGUGGAUCGCGCUCGACGACGCCGACGAGGCCACGGGCGUCGUCGAGUACGCGCCCGGGUCGCACGCGUGGGCCGACGGCGGGGCCGCCGGCGUCGCCGCGGCGUCGUUCCACGACGGCCGGGGCCAGUCGCCCAUGCGGGCCGUGGCGCGCGCCGCGGGCGUCGACGAGGCCGUCGAGGUCCGGCGCUGCGUCGUGCCGGCCGGCAGCGCGGUCUUCCACCACCAGGACGUCUGGCACGGGUCGGGCGAGAACGGUACGCCCGACCGGCCGCGGCGCGCGCUCGGGCUCCACUACGUCCGCGACGACGUUCGGUUUCGGCCGAAGCCGGACUACAUCUACGGCCGCUACGACCUCGGCGACGGCGUCGUCCACGACGCGUUCUUCCCGCGCGUGUGGUCCGCCGCGGGCGCGGAGCGGCGGGCGGCGGACAGGCGGCUGGGGGACGCGCGGUAACGUCCCGUUACUG